AUGCCGUCUGCCGGGAAGCGGCUGGCAGCUGCGGGGACGGGUCCUGCCAGCACCCACAGCGCUCCCAGCCGAGCAGAAGACACCAUGCCACCGGCUCUGGGCAUCGCCCUCUUGUAUGCCCUGCUGACCCCGUCACUAAGCGAGCCCAAAGAUGCCGUCCUCAGGCUCAAUAAAGGUGUUUUAAGCGAUGCUGGUGGCGAUGUCCCCAGGGGCAACAUCCCCGCAGGGGUUGCUGGAGGAGCGCUGGGACAAGGAGGUCUGCUUGGUGACGGAGGUCUCCUCAGCACGGCAGGGAUCCUCGGUGGCCCCGGUGGCCUUCUUGGCAGAGGAGGGCUUCUGGGCAACGGAGGGCUGUUGGGAGGCGGUGGCCUGCUCGGCGUCCUCGGGGAAGGCGGCUUGCUCAGCACGGUCCAGGGGCUCACCGGGCUGCGGAUCGUGGAGCUGACGCUCCCCAGGGUGUCCCUGCGGCUCCUGCCUGGCAUCGGCGUCCACCUCAACCUCUACACCCGGGUGGCCCUCAAUGCCAAGAGCCUCCUGGGUUUGCUCGACAUCGCAGUGGAAGUGAACAUCACAUCAAGGGUCAGGCUAACCAUGGACGGCACGGGCUACCCCAAACUGGUGAUAGAAAAAUGCGAUACCCUCCUUGGUGGCAUUAAAGUCAGACUCCUGAGAGGCCUGCUCCCAAUUGUGGAUAAUUUAUUGGCAAGUGUCCUGAACAGAGUUCUUCCUAAUCUGCUCUGCCCGGUGGUCAACACCGCCCUGGGACUCGUCAACGACCAGCUGGGUCUUGUGAACUCACUGGUGCCUCUGGGUUUGCUGAGCAGCGUCCAGUACACCGUGUCCAGCCUUCCCCUGGUAACCGGCCAGUUCCUCGAGGUAGACUUGAACACUGUCGUCGGGCGAGCGGCAGGAGGCCUAGUGGACUAUCCGCUGGGAAAGCCAGAAACUGUCCCCAUGCCACCACGGGUCCCCAUGCCACCCAUGCCACCGAUGGAGGACACCAGCUCCUCCCAGCUGGGCCUCUCUGUGAACUUCCUCAGCUCGGUGCUGUCUGUCCUGCAGAAGGAGGGUACCCUGGACCUGGACAUCUCCACCGGCAUGUUUUCUGAGCUCCCGCCACUAACGACAUCGACCCUUGGGGCCCUGGUUCCUGCGGUUUUCAAGGCGUACCCCGAGUCACGUGACUUGCUGCUGAAAAUUGCCGUCCCUGAAGCGCCUGUGGUGACCUUAAAGAAAAAUAAAGGUGCGAUCCAGCUCAUGGCUACCGCAGAGGUGAUGGCGAUCCUCCCAGACGAUGUCGAGGAGUCUCUCUGCCUUCUGAAUAUCGACGCCUCCUUGCUGGCCCAGUUUUCAGUCGAGGACAACAAACUGAAGAUCAGCGUCAGCCUGGAGAAGACUGAUCUCUCCUUGGGGUCUUCGUCCAUCGGUGAUUUUGAUGUCUCGCUCCUGAAGAUGCUCGUUGGCCAGAUUUUCGAUGUUGCCUUCCUGCCUGCAAUGAACAGCGUGCUGGGAAAUGGGGUUCCCCUCCCCAAGCUGCUGAACAUUGACUUCACCAACGCGGACGUCGACGUCAUCGAAGAUCUCAUCGUGCUGUCGGCGUGA